AAUAAAACCACGCAAUAAAUGCAACAGUACUCCAAUUUACAACAUCACUAUACGGUGUAGAAAUUCCGAAUGCACGGGAAGCUCACAAACACUUGCUCAUCUUUGAGCCUGGCGGGAGGACUGAUGAGAAACACGACGUCACUUUUCUUGAAUAUGAUUCGCCCUGGAAGGCAGUGAAGAAGCUGCGCAUUCGAGAUCUUAACGCAGCAUCCCCUGCGCCACUCGUUUGCAUUUGAAACGGGUCUUGGGAGCUAUUUUUGCCUUCUGACGAUGGCAGAGAGCGAAGUCAAUACGCCCAGUACACCUAUUGAGUACGACAGCAAAUACUUUGAAUUUGAUGGCAUUCGGUUGCCACCUUUCUGCAAAGGAAAGAUGGAAGAAAUCGCCAAUUUCUCCCUCAGAGGUAGCGAUAUAUGGAUUAUUACCUACCCCAAAUCAGGCACCAGUCUACUUCAAGAGGUUGUGUAUCUUGUGAGUCAAGGAGCAGACCCAGAUGAAAUUGGCCUUAUGAACAUAGAUGAACAGUUACCUGUCUUAGAGUACCCUCAACCUGGCUUGGACAUCAUUCAGGAGCUCACAUCCCCACGCCUCAUCAAAAGCCAUCUCCCCUACCGAUUCCUUCCAACAGGAUUGCACAAUGGAGAGGCUAAGAUAAUCUACAUGGCUCGUAACCCCAAAGACCUGGUGGUGUCCUACUUUGAGUUCCAUCGAUCUCUUCGAACGAUGAGCUACCGAGGAUCCUUCCAGGAGUUCUGCCAGCGCUUCAUGAAUGACAAGCGUACGUAUGCAGUUGGAUACGGUUCCUGGUUUGAACACGUUUUAGAAUUCUGGGAACACCGCAUGGACUCCAAUGUUCUCUUUUUGAAAUAUGAGGACAUGUACAAGGAUCUUGGGGCAUUGGUGGAGCAGUUAGCCUGGUUCCUGGGAGUAUCUUGCGACAAGGUUCAGCAUGAGGCAAUGGUGGAAAGCUGCAACCAGCUCAUUGAGCAGUGCUGUAGCUCGGAGGCUCUGUCCAUCUGCAGGGGUCGCGUCGGUCUGUGGAAGGACGUCUUUACUGUGUCAAUGAAUGAAAAGUUUGAUGCCGUGUAUGGACAGAAGAUGGGAAAUUCCAACCUGAAGUUCGAUUUCUGCCUCGGACAAAGGCCUGUCCCCACCCUUUAGUCCACUUGAGUAGAAUCCACCAGUCACUUCACGUUAAACGCCGUGGCUGCACAUUCACUGAAUACUUUUGCUGUGCUAAAACAUGAAAUGACAUAUACCGGACGGAGAUGUCACGGAGUGACUCGAACUACGAAUCUGGAUUAUCAUUUCAAGAAAAAUUACAGGGAAAAAAAUCAUAUUUUUUCAUUGCACAUAAAUGUAGCCUUUGUAUGAACUUCUGUUUAACUGUAUAAAUUAUGAAAAUCAAUCUACAAUGUUCCAGAAAGUGCAGUAUGUUGAUGCUUGUUUAUUUUCACCACUGCAUACAGUGAAGUAUUUAUUUUAGAACUGAUUGACGAAUUUUCCUGGAUUCUAAUGACUUUUAGAUUGAUAUAUUGAGAAUCCCGCCAAUGAAUCGAGUCCCGAAAUACGAAUAUGCCGCACUCAUGACACGCCCCACACCCAUCAGCGAGGAGGGACCAGGCACCCUCCCAAGAGCGUGGGAGGUGGACGAGCUCCAAACCAAAGAGGUGCCAACUCCCACAACAGGCCUCAAGGCCGGAGGAGGGGGGGAGGGCAAGAGAGAGUGGGGACGACCAACGGAAGGCUCAAAGGGCAGAGGAGAAAAGGAGGCCAGCUCCAGUGUUACACAGACGAGUAUAUGCAGUAAUAUUUAACCAUUGCUUGGUAUUGAUACACCCACUCCUUAACUACAAAUAUAAUCACAUGGUGUGAUUAUGUUAUA